GCUUCAAUUCUUGGGUGAUGGUGCUUCCUCCUGAAGCCAAAUCACCAUAGAAUAUUAGCAUCAUGGCUUCAGUCAAGUCUCAACCACUGCCAACCUUGUCCUUGUCGUGCUUGAAACUGGAGAGGAACAACCCCAGGGAUACUAAUUGCAGUGACUCUGAGUCAAAGAAUCAGAAUAAUUUGGGAACUGAUAAUGUUGAAAAAGGAAUGUCUUACACUUGGGGCGAGGUUUUGGAUGAGAAACCCACAAAAUUGAAGAUAGUCAUCCACCGUGGUGAAAGAAAUUGACAGUGACAUCUGAACAAGGAAUGGGAGGAGAAGGACAAGAUCAAAAAGAAUUAGGACAGAGGACAUGGAAUCUCAGGCCAAGAACAGCAGUGAGGAAGCAUUUCAAUGCAAUUAGAGGGCAAUCAGGAAUAUCAAAUCCUAUUUGUAACAUUUUAGAAACUACAAAAAAGCAGGAGAAGCCGAAGAAGUUCUUGAUCACGCUUACAUGGGAGGAGAUUGAAGCAGAUUUCCUUGCAAUGACCGGUUCCAAACCCCCUCGAAAGCCAAAGAGGAGACCCAAGAAUGUGCAGAAUGUAAUAGAUAAUCUGGCUCCAGGCUUAUGGUUGCAUGAGGUUAAUCCCAGUUCAUAUGAGUGCAAAGGUUCAAAGUCUCAUAACUGAAGGUACUGUGGUUUAUGGCUAUGUUUGGAAAGCUCAAAGUAUCAUGAACUUAUCAAGAAUUUCAAAUUCUAUGGGAGUCAAUUGUGGAAAUCUGGUUAGAAUUUACUUUGUGUUAAGCAAUUAAAUGUUAUUCACUUUAGGAGUUGGGGGGAUGUUAUUAACAGGGUGAUCGAGGAAAUGCACUUUGAUGCUCUUCAUAUGCUCCAGACCCCAGUCAUUACAA